AUGUUGGAUCGGCACGCCCUGACUCCGUUUACCGAAUCUCAAGUUCGACCGAUGACUGCAAAUGAUCGAUAUAACUUCUUAACCUUAGCAGAUCUAGCUCACAGGGAAUAUCAGGCUGGCAACUACGAAAUGGCUGAACAUCAUUGUAUGGAGCUCUACAACCAAGACCCAAAAAACACAUCAACCCUCUUGCUUCUCAGCUCAAUUCAUUUUCAAUGUCGUCGCUUGGAUAUGUCUGCAAAGUAUAGUCAGCAAGCCAUUAGGUUAAACCCCUUGAUGGCCGAGGCAUAUUCCAAUUUGGGAAACGUUUACAAAGAAAGAGGUCAACUCACGGAAGCUAUUGAACAAUAUAGACAUGCCUUGAGCAUCAAGCCCGACUUUAUUGAUGGUUACAUCAACUUAGCAGCUGCAUUGGUAGCCAUUGGUGACACUGAGUCGGCCGUUAAUGCCUACGCCGCCGCUCUUAAUUAUAAUCCAGAAUUAUACUGCGUACGCAGUGAUUUGGGCAAUCUUCUGAAGGCUCUUGGUCGUUUAGAUGAAGCCAAAUCCUGUUACCUGAAGGCCAUCGAAACAUGCCCAACCUUUGCCGUUGCCUGGAGCAAUUUGGGAUGCGUGUUUAAUACACAGAAUGAAAUAUGGCUUGCUAUUCAUCAUUUUGAAAAGGCGGUCACACUUGAUCCCAACUUUUUGGAUGCCUAUAUCAAUUUGGGCAAUGUGCUCAAGGAAGCGAGAAUAUUUGAUCGAGCUGUUGCCGCUUAUUUAAGGGCUCUUGCGUUGGCUCCUAAUCAUGCUGUGGUUCACGGUAAUCUUGCCUGUGUUUACUACGAGCAAAAUCUCAUCGAUCUUGCCAUUGAUACCUACAAACGAGCAAUUGAACUUCAGCCAAACUUCCCAGAUGCCUAUUGCAAUCUAGCAAAUGCUCUAAAAGAGAAAGGCAAGGUGGCAGAGGCUGAAGAAUUCUACAACACUGCUCUCGCUUUGUUCCCCUCUCAUGCGGAUUCUCUCAACAAUCUCGCCAACAUUAAGCGCGAACAAGGUCGUUCAGAGGAGGCUAUUCGACUUUACCUAAGGGCCCUUGAAAUCUACCCGGAAUUUGCUGUUGCUCACUCCAAUUUAGCAAGUAUGCUUCAGCUUCAAGGUAAACUGCAGGAAGCUCUCAGGCACUACCGUGAGGCCAUUCGAAUAUCACCCACCUUCGCAGAUGCCUACUCGAAUAUGGGUAAUACUCUCAAGGAGUUGCAAGAUUUAUCCGGUGCUAUGCAAUGCUAUCAACGGGCAAUUCAAAUCAACCCGGCCUUCGCAGAUGCCCAUUCAAAUCUGGCCAGCAUCAUGAAAGAUAGUGGGAAUCUGGCAGAGGCUAUAAACUCCUACAAAACUGCCCUGAAGCUCAAACCAAACUUUCCGGAUGCGUUCUGCAAUCUGGCACACUGUAUGCAGAUUGUUUGUGAUUGGAGUGAUUACAAGGAGAGAAUGAAGAGACUCGUUGGCCUUGUUCAAGAACAGUUGGAUUCGAACCGGCUUCCCUCGGUUCACCCUCACCAUACAAUGCUGUACCCUCUUUCUCAUGUACAGAGGAAAAGAAUUGCCGGCAAACAUGCCUCGUUGUGCUUAGAUAAGAUUAGCAUUCUCCACCAUCCACCUUAUCGUUUCUCCAAGCGUCAGCCUAAUCAGCGACUUCGAAUAGGUUAUGUCAGCUCUGAUUUCUGCAAUCAUCCAACUAGCCAUCUCAUGCAAAGCGUUCCUGGUUUCCAUGAUCGUUCAAGGUUUGAAAUCUUCUGCUAUUCUCUCUCCCCAGAUGAUGGAACAACUUUUAGAGCAAAGGUAAAUCGCGAAGCAGAGCACUUUGUCGAUUUGAGUACGAUCGGUUGUCAUGGUAAAGCCGCUGAUAGAAUUGCCGCGGAUGGUAUACAUAUUCUAUUAAACAUGAAUGGCUACACCAAAGGUGCUAGAAAUGAGAUCUUCGCUCUAAGACCGGCUCCUGUUCAAGCAAUGUGGUUGGGGUAUCCAGGUACAAGUGGGUCCAAUUUCAUGGAUUUUAUCAUUACAGACAGCGUCACUUCCCCGUUGUCUUUAUCUGAGCAGUACUCUGAGAAAUUGGCCUACAUGCCCAAAACGUUUUUCAUCGGCGAUCAUGCCCAAAUGUUCCCUCAUAUGCGCAAUCGUAUCAUCAUUGAAAGUGCUGAAGAAGUCGCUGCGGGCAAACGAACAACUGAUAAUUCUAUUGUCGUUUGUGGAACAGACGUCAAGGCUCUACUCUCCAUUGGUUCACUACGGGAACUGAUUUACGGUGGUUGUAUCAUUGAUAAGAACGGCAAAGAGACACCCUGGUUUAUUAAGAUUCAAGUCCUUACUGUCCCUUCACUUCACGUUGUCCGUGAAAUGAUACGUUUGAAUGCGUCCUCUUGUAAUUUGAAUGGGGUCGUUUUACAAAAUGGUUUUACCACGCAGCAAACACAGUCUCGUGCUUCAGCCGGUGAAGAGAUCCCUACGAACAUUAUCGUCACAGCUCGACAGCAUUAUCUUCUUCCUGAUGAUGCUGUUGUGUACUGCAACUUCAACCAGCUCUACAAAAUUGAUCCUUCGACCAUGAAAAUGUGGGUAGAGAUUCUCAGGCACGUUCCCAACUCCGUUCUCUGGCUUCUACGUUUUCCAGCAGCUGGUGAGGCUAAUAUUAUUGCUGCGGCGUCAGAAUUAGGUCUUCAAAAUCCUCAGAGAAGGAUUAUUUUUAGCAAUGUUGCACCGAAGGAGGAGCAUGUUCGACGGGGUCAAGUUGCAGAUGUCUGUUUGGAUACUCCCCUCUGCAAUGGACAUACAACUGGAAUGGAUGUUCUUUGGGCUGGCUGUCCGGUUGUCACUCUUCCGCUUGAAACUCUUGCCAGUAGGGUUGCAGCCAGUCAACUUCACUGUCUCGGAUGUUCGGAACUCGUCGCAAAGUCGCAACAAGAUUAUGUCCGAAUUGCAGCAAAGUUGGGUAACAAUAGAGAAUAUCUUCAUGCCAUUCGAGCGAAAGUUUGGAAAUUGAAGGAAACUUCUCCACUCUUCAAUUGUAGACGCUACACAGCAGACUUGGAGAGACUCUACGAUCGAAUGUACCAACAGUAUGAAUCUGGUCAUGGUUUUUCUCAUAUUACUGAUUGGAAUGAUGGCUCUCACGAGCAAUGA